AAGUUUUGUAGAUUUAAUCAGCUUUCUCAUCAGUUAAUGAUCACUUCAUUUCGUUUGUGUUCAAUUGAUUAAUUAUUAACGUAACGUAACUAAUCAUCAGCAAACUUAAAGUCAUACUAAUUCAUAAUUUGAGAUUGUAUAAACAUUUUAGUAAAUUAAACAGUAUAUGUAUGUCUAUGGACCGGGCUAGUAUAUAUUUUUUAGAUAAAAAUGAACAAAAUACUUAUAAAUUUGAUGAAGAGUUACCACCACUUCCCUUACCGGAAUUGCAUGAGACUAUGCAACGGUAUUAUGAAACUCUAAAACCUUUUGGAACCGAGCAAGAGUUGGCCAAUUCGAAAAAGAUCAUUGAAAAGUUUGAGAAAGAGAUAGGCGCAACACUGCACGCCAAACUACAAGAAAGAUCUUCGAAAAUGAAAAACUGGCUCGAAGAAUGGUGGGAAAAGUAUGCUUAUCACACUUCGAGAAUUUCCUUAUAUCCUUACACGGUAAUGGCAAUGCCCGCCAAAUUAGAAUGCGUAAACGUACAAGAAACACCCGAAUAUGCCUUAAAGAAUUUAGCUCGCAUGAUGUACCAUACGAUAGAGUUUUGGGAUUUAUUACGUAAAGGUGCCAUCAAACCAUUAUCUUCCGACAAUGGUAAAAUUAAAUAUUCGUCAAAUUUAUAUAAACGAUUUUUCUCUACCACAAGAGUGCCAGGGACGCACGUUGAUCGUAUAGAAAAACACUUCAAAACAGUUGACGAGGGUAAAACCCCCUGCCAUGGGUUAAUUUCUGGCAAAGGUCGUUUAUUUAUAUUCAAGACCCUCCGUGAGAAUGGUGAAAUGAUAACGCCUCAAGAAUUGUUAGUUCUCCUUCAAAGGUUAAGAACUAUUUUGGAUUACGAAUCUGUCGGAGACGGUAUUGCUGUUUUAACUCAUGACGAUCGUAGCCUUUGGGCUGAGAAUCGUCAACGCUUACAAGAAGUAUCUGCUCACAAUAGAGAUAUCUUACAGUUGGUUGAGAGUUCAAAUGUAGUGGUUGUGUUAGAUGAGAACGAACCUCAGGAUUACGGGGAAAUUGCACAGCUCGUCAUUGCCGGUGACCUUCAUUCGAAGUGGGGAGAUCGUAGUAGUAUUCUUAUAGCAUAUAAAAAUGGAAAAUUCGGUUUGGUUGGCGAUCAUUCUUGUUAUGAUGGUACGAUUAGCGUCAGCUACAUACUGUUCAUACAGUUAAGCCUAUUUGAAACUUCUGAACCGGACUGGUCCGUAUCGGAAACAUUACCCCUGAUCGCUUUAAACGAAUUAAAGUUUGAUUUAAAUGACAUGAUAAGGAAAGAAAUUGAACGAGUUCAUUGUGACAGCAACAGUAGAAGUAAAGAUGUUUUAGUUACACAUGAGAUUUUUGAUGAUUAUGGCAAAGAUUAUAUUAAGCUAUAUAAACUGCAUCCCGAUUCAUUUGUUCAGGUGAUUUUGCAGUUAGCCUAUGCGGAAUUGCACAACGAAAUUGCUCCGACAUAUGAAACAGCACUAAUGCGUCAUUUCUAUAAUGGCCGCACAGAGACUUUGCGUUCCUGCACAAACGAAGUUUAUAACUUUAUAAAGAUUGCCCUUAAUCGACAUUCGUCAAAAAUGCAAAUAGUUCAGGCGUUUCGCGCGGCAGUGCAACAUCACAAAUUGAUGAUGGAUGAGGCCCGGAGUGGGAAAGGCGUAGAUCGUCAUUUAUUUGGAUUAUGGUGCGUUGCUUAUCAGAACGAAAUGGAAAUACCAGACCUGUACUCAGAUCCAUUAUAUUUGAAAUCUGGCGGCGAAGGCAACUUCUUAUUAUCAACAAGUACGUUGGGUUAUACAGCCAAUGUUGGUUACGUAGCUCCUAUGUUAUUAGACGGUUAUGGUGCCUUCUAUACGAUUACAUCGCAAUGCAUACACAUAUUGGUGACAAGCUACACUAAAAGCAAGAAAAGCAGUGGUCUAAAAUAUGUUCAAUGUCUUCUAGAUACAUUACGGAAAAUCAAGUCUUUAUUGGAUGAAGCACAAAGUGUAAAAUUAUAAGACAAUUCAUGCAUAAAAUCUACAAGGUCACAAAGGAUAUUAACUUAUCUGACAAACACACGCCAUGGAAAUGCUUUACUAUUUGUUAUUGUUUGUUAGUGUAAAUGUUUUCCGCUUUGUAUCCCAUUCUCCUACUUAAGUAAGCUUUAAAAGUUAUCUUGGUUGUUUUUGGGAGGAAAUUUCAAUAUUG